AUGUUCAUCGUCUUCAUGGUCUUCAUCCUCCUCAACUUCCUCAUCGCCAUCAUUGUUGAUGCCUUCAUGAGCGUCAAAGAUAGCGACAUCGUUGCUACGUCUAUCGCUGCUGAUCUCGCGCACAUAUUUAAUUACAAGUGGAACUGCUGGCGCGGCCGCUACUUGCCGUACCGCGUCAUUCUCGACCGCCUUGUGGAAUUGGGGGCUAAAGACACGCGCAUAAAAGACGAGAACCCUCGAAAGCGCCGCUUCAAGUCGAUCCAACGGCGGGUCACCGCAAUGCUCUCCGGCACGCGAGGCAGCGCCGCCGACAAGGCGACGCCCUUCCCGCGGUCCGACAACCAACCCGCCUUCCCAUCCGCCGCUAGCGAGUCUCGGGUGCGGAAGCAGCACGUGCUGACAGUGAGGGACAAGCGCAUCGAUGUCAUCUCGCUCGCCAUGAUCCUGCAGCGCCGCCACGACCACGCGGCAAAGAAAGCCCCUGCCACGUCAUCCAGUGGAGCGUGUUUAGUCUCGUGGAAUGCGGAGGAGGAUCAGCUAGAGCAGCUGUCUCAGUGGCUGCCAUCCCUGACCCAUGCAUCCCGUCCCGUCCCUCCCGUGUGCCGUGCAUGGAGCGAGCAGGAGGAGGUGGUGCGGUGCCAGGCAGGAGUAGAGGAGCUGAGGGGCAUGAUGGCGGACAUGCAGAGCGACAUGCGAGCCAUGAUGGCGCUGCUCGACCGCGCCCUCCCCGCCUCACGCGCCCACACGCCUCCUGUAUCCCGCUCCCAGACCCCUCCUGUCCCCCCCUCGGGAUCACCCCUGCCGGGGCAGUGGCCGCUGGUGUAG